UCGGGGAAUCGAAAACAGACGCUAAAAAUAACAUUGAUUCUUCGUCGUAACUUUUUCCUUUCCUUUAUCGUUUCAUUCACAACACAUGGACGCCGUGACACUGUCACUCCCUCCGGUUCCGGUGCGUACAGUCUCUGCAUCUGCGUCAACCUCGUACUCUGUUCCUGUCUCUAGCUCCUGGUCGGUCGCGGCGAGGCAGAGGCUCUGGUCUCACAGAACAAGACGCGGAUUCCGGAGUUACUCCUCUGCGGUUCCUCAAUUGACGGUGACGUGCGGUGCCGGCGUGGCGGAGAUUAACGAGAGCCAAUUCAAAGAGACGGUGUUGGAGGCGAAACGUCCUGUUCUGGUUGAGUUCGUCGCCACUUGGUGCGGUCCUUGCCGUCUCAUCUCUCCGGCUAUGGAAUCCCUUGCUAAGGAAUAUGAAGACCGAUUAACUGUUGUGAAGAUUGAUCAUGAUGCCAACCCACGGCUAAUUGAAGAGUAUAAAGUUUAUGGAUUACCAACGUUAUUACUGUUCAAGAACGGGGAAGAAGUUCCAGCAAGCAGAAGGGAAGGUGCAAUUACAAAAAGUAAACUUAAAGUGUACGUUGAUGAUUUAUUGAAAUCGAUAUCAGUUUCAUAGUCAUCAUCAUAUUCAUUCAUGCUUGAAAAUUCCGACUUGUUCUAUGAGACUUUUGUUUCCAUGUCUUGUAUGAAAAGUGUACGGGGGAGAACUUUUGUUUAACAGGCUUGUACAAUUGUAUAAUCGGAAGCUGCAAAUACAGCAUAGUGCGGUGAAGGAAGUUUGUGCUAAAAUGAUGCUGUUUCAGCUGUGUAAAUUUCUGUUCUA